UCUCGCUCAGUCAAGUUGAUUUUUCACGGCGUGUUGUUGUGUGCGUUUCUGGUUCCUCAUUCUGCGGUUCUUCAAUCCUUUUUGUUCCAAUCAAACUGAAAAAGAAAUCAAAAGUUCACACUGCUUAGCGGCAAAAACAACAAAAGCGAAGCGAAGGAGCAUAAGGCAAAAAAAAAGGAACAAACAACAACAAUAGCAGCAACAGCUCCCCCACACACGCAACUGAAUGGUUGUGGGUGUGCGAGUGUGUAUGCGUGUGUAAAGGAGCCUUUUAGUAAACACUCACACACAUGUGUAUUUUUUUCUGUGAGCCACAAGAGAUUUGAGUGCAUUUUUUGCCAUUUGCCUUGCCAACCCCUCUCCCCUCCACGCCAAAAGGGGAAAAAAGGAGCCUACGAAGAAAAACAACAACUAUUAAACAGGCUCCUCAGCGUAUAAAAGCAGCGCAGCCGUCGUCGACGUCGACUGCAGUGGGCCAACGUUGUUGCAGUCGUGUCGUUAGUUGUUGUUCUUGUUGCAGCAUCAAAAACAGAAAUAGGGAGAGCGAGCGAAACAGCAGGAGAGACAGAAAAGCACUUAGGCAAAAGAGCACGCACCUGGUGCCAGAGUACAAAACCCAAUCCUCUACAAUAUCCGUGCUUUGCAUUCCAAGGGGAUAACGAGGAACGUGUAUCGUAGAGAGUUUGAGAACAUCGUCAGUAUGGAAGUGGAAUCGAAUAACAAACGCGCCACCAACGGCGGCCGUCACUCCACUCCACCGGCGGAGUCCGAUUCCAAGGAGAGUUCCGUCGAGCGGGAGCUGAACGGGGAGAUCGAGGCGGUGGAGCUGAAUGGGAGUGGUGGUGGCGGUCACUCGAACGGGCAUAUCAAGAAGCCGCUGCCUGUCGAGGACGGCAGGAUUAAGCGUAAGGCGAAGCGGCUCAUCCAAAGACAGAAUAGCUCCGGCGGCAGUCCCAAUCAAACUAAUGGAAAUGGAGCUGCUGCCGCUGGCGGAGCAAGUGCAAUGCCGCUGGCAAUCAACGGCAUCUUACCGUCGCCCGGUGGCUAUGUGGUGCCACAUCGCCGCUGGAAGAACAGCCGGCGUUCGCGAAACCUAAAUCGUGGCCGCGGACUGCCCAAGAAGGGUGGUGGCGGCGGCAAAGGAGUCUGGGGAUUGCCCGGUUCGGAGGCUCUGGCUGAGGUCUAUGAGGACGAGAAUGAUCCCAACUACGAUAGUGAGUGCAACGAUCGUAAUGUGGAGCUGCGCGAGGUGAUUACUGAGGUUACACCCGAGGAGUUCUUUAAACUGGCGGAGCCCAUUGUCUUGGAGUACUACGAGCACGGGGAUCCGCACGAGGUGGCAUUGAGCUUCGAUGAGAUACUGCAGGGUCCGAUGCGCGAGCACAUCACCAGCAUUCUCGUAGAGAUUGCCAUGGAUCACAAGGAUUCUCAGCGUGAGAUGACCUCGGUGCUGAUCUCUGACCUGUAUGGACGGGUUAUUACCGGCAAGGAUAUUGAGAAGGGCUUUAACAUGCUGUUGGCCAAUCUACCGGAUCUCGUCCUUGACACUCCAGAGGCGCCAAUCAUGCUCGGCAACUUUAUGGCCCGCGCCGUGGCUGAUGACUGCAUUCCGCCCAAGUUUGUGACAAAGUCGGCGGAGGAGCUCAAGCUCCUGGAACUUGGCGAACAUGCCGAACAGGCCCUCCGCCGUGCCGACUCGCUGAUCUACAAGCAGGUGUGGGCCCAUUUGGACAAUGUCUGGGGCAUGGGUGGGCCACUGCGUCCCGUGAAGACGAUCACCAAGCAGAUGGAGCUACUGCUUAAGGAGUACUUAUCCUCGCGUGACGUGGCCGAGGCACAGCGCUGUCUGCGUGCCCUCGAGGUGCCGCACUAUCAUCAUGAGCUCGUCUACGAGGCGAUUGUCAUGACACUGGAGUCACUUAGCCAGACCACCGAGGAGGCCAUGUGCGAGCUGCUCAAGCAGCUAGAUCUCACCUGCCUGGUGCUUCCCGCGGGCAUGGAGCAGGGUUUCUUGCGCGCCUUCGACGACAUGGCGGACAUCGUUCUGGAUGUGCCCCUGGCCUAUAUAAUACUCGAUCGUUUCGUCGAACGCUGCAAUCGCGCCGGAUUCCUUACCGACAAGAUUAUAAACAAUGUGCCAUCGCGCGGACGUAAGCGUUUCGUUUCGGAGGGCGACGGCGGCCAUGUGAAGCCGGCUACCUUGCCCAUGCGUGAUUAAAUCAUGGGGACACACGGGGACGUUAUGUGCUUCACAUGCUUAUAUAACAACCAACUCCCCAACCCCCAAGGACAACUAGAGAAGCAGCAAGAGAAAUACAAACAUAAAACAAAAACACCAAAUUACAAAAAGGAGAAAAUCCAUACGAACGCAAAGAAUAACUACAUCAUUUAUAAGAAAAGACGAUAUGAAGAAUUUGUCGCAAAUCUUGAUAAAAAAAAGAACCUUAUCCUCAAAACCCAGAAAAGGUCACAUACACACAACAAAAAAAUAUAAAAAAAAACAAACAACAAACAAUCAAUCGGAAUUUGAUCUCCGUUUAAACUAUAUUCAUUAUUAUAAAACCUACAUAAACACAUACAACGUAUAACUUACCUACAUGUAACUAUCAGCGUAAUUCGAAAAUAUAUUUGAGAGAUUUGUAAAAAAACGAGAUGAGUGAAACGAUCGCAAAAAAAAACGAGAAUCCAGCCAAAAAUAUGCGUACAGAUGGGUCACUCUUUGUGGAUUUCCCUUCGGAUAGGAUCGCAUAAAGGAUAAGAGUUGGAACACAGAACAUCGGCGUACUUAGCACGCCCUCAUUAUGCCACUUGAAAUCAAAGCAUAUUACUUACACGAAACUGUUAUUGACACUCGUACACCUCUUAGAUUGAUUGAAUUAACUAAAUAAGUUGUAUGAACAUGAUGAUUUAUCAAUUGUAUGAACUGUUAUCAAGCGAAAAUGAUUACACACAACAAAUUCCAUUGACAUGAAAUUGAGCAAACCAUUUUUAUUAUUCCUAUGCGCAUCGACAACAUGAUUUUUCCUUAACUUUUUUUUGUAACUUUGUGUGUUAGAAGACUAACAUAAUUAGGCUUAAUUUUACAUUGUACGUAUAUUUACCAACGGAUUCAUUUUCUUUUGCUUGCUUUUUUUUUUGAUUGAAUAAAAGCUGCAUUUUAUAUGAUAA